CAGGUGCUAGCUCGGACGCUAGCCGAGGGACAGGUGCUAGCUCGGACGCUAGCCGAGGGACAGGUGCUAGCUCAGACGCUAGCUCGGGGACAAGUGCUAGCUCGGACGCUAGCUCGGGGACAAGUGCUGGUAGCGUGGUUGGUGGGUGCGGCCAGGCAAACUGAAAGAUCGAUGGUAGCGGUCUUGCUGGCCGCAGCUGUGCUACCUCACCAGCACGGCUGUCGGUACCAUUCCCCCCCUCCAAAGGCGGAUUCCAGACGCUUCCUGCUGACUGAGUCUCUAAGGGUGGGAGGAGGGUGUCCAGGCGACGAGAAAAUUCCUCCUUGCUUAUCUCGCUACUGAACAUGCCUUUCCAAGACUGCUCGGCAGGACAAGACAAAUCCUCUGGUUUGAAGCGAAAAAAAGAAAAAGACAUGGUGAAUGGGGCAAGAGGCAGAAAAAAAAAAAAAAUUCACAGGGGCGGAACUAAAGUCACUGGGGAGGGGCUAAGGAACUGUGCCGUCAGGUCCUUUAAUAAUUUUGGCGGGAACUUACUGUUGUGUUUUACUGAGGGGAGAUGACGGCUCAGAGACACCAGGGGGCAGUAUGUACAAUUUAUUUAUUAUAUAUAAUAAAUAUAUAUAAUAAUAAUAAACAAUACAACUAAACUAUAGAUAUGGAGUGUGUGACUAAAAUACAAGAGUGUGUGUGGUGUAAGACUAUGUGUAGAAUUUAACUGAAGUGAGUGUUACCAACGUGUUGAACGAGAUACGAGGAAGUCCAGGGGGCAGGCAGAUGAUCCGGGGGCAGAGAGAGACGUCAGAAUCCAGGGGCGAGCAAGAGGUCGAGGAACGAAAGAGGCAGUCAGAGUCCAGAGGGAGAUCCAGGGAAAAAGGUGAGAUGCACAGCUCACUUUCCAGGUGACGAAGGGUAGGUACACCAUGAGAAAAACUAAGUUCCCGCGACGAUCCUUGGGUCCACUGGUCCUUUAUUGAUCUCGCUCUGAUCAGUCGCAGGUGUGCAGAUUGCCAGCGAGUGAUUGCAGCUGGUGGCUGCAGCAGGGCGGAGACGUGCGCGGCGCGUCCCUGGAUGUGCGCACCCGUGGGCGUGUCCCGAGGUGCGCACAGACGGAUGAGCGGCGUUGGCAGGAGCCUGAGCCGUAACACAUAACUCCAAAACCAAACAUGCAUUAUGUCUAAAAAUGCCUGUAAUAUUGUAUCCAUGUGAGUUUUACUAGAAUCAGUUUUCUUUGUAAGGUUUGCAAAUACAAAAUAUUGGUUUUACUCACUAUGACAGUACUGCCACAUUCCAUCUGGCAGUUAUUUAAACAUAACUCCUAAACCACACAUGCAAAAUGGCUAAUAAUUCCUGGAUACAUGUAUUUGUGGAGGGGUGUGGUCCACGCGUUGCCUGUGGGCGGGUCAUGUGGAAGAGCCGGCUGUGAAGCAGAUGACAGGUGAGUGGAUGUUUCAGCUGGAACGAGUUAUCUAAUCACCUGUCUCUUUAUUAGCAGCGUUGGUGAGCUGAAAAGCUAGAGGGAAGCUGGAAGGCGAGAGAGAAAGGAAGGAGAAAGACUUGUUGAACUGAAAGAGGUAAAAGACUUUUGAACUGGAAAGAAAAAUAAAAACAUUGUAACUUCGGUAACGCCUGGCCAAAGUGUCGGUCCCUGUGACAGAGUUGUCACAUUUGGCGCCCAAUAAAGCAAGGACCGAGAAAGAAAUGUCAGCCCCAACCCCCCUGGAAGCGCUCGGAAGAGUGUUGGCGGAGAUGUCACCGGCCAGCCAGCAGCAGAUGGAGACGGGCCGCCAGCAGACCCAGAUCCUGCAGGUGCUGGUGAGCCAGGCGAGAGGAGGCUUGAAAAACAACCGCCAUGCUGCGGAUGACGGAAGGCGAAGACCCACUGGUGUUCCUCGACCUCUUCGAGGCCAUGGCAACAGCGUGCGAAUGGCCAGAGACCGAGUGGGGGGUGAAGCUGCUGCCGCUGCUGGCGGGGAAGGCACAACGGGCGGCGCAUAGUCUCCCAGCGGAAGUCCGGGUGCACUUCCCCAAGCUCCGUCGCGCAAUAUUAGACCGGGUCGGGAGUCACCCGGAGGACCACCGACGCCGGUUCCGCGCAAUGCGACUGGGUCCCGAGGACCGCCCAAUUGCACUGGCGCAGCAGCUUCAAGACGUGGCCACCCGGUGGCUCGAACCACAGCUAGAAGAGAGUCGGAUGUUCGAGCGUUUCGUCCUGGAGCAGUUCCUCGACGCCAUCCCCUCCAGGAUGGCAGUAUGGGUGCGGUACCACCGUCCGCGGGACCUGAUGGCCGCAGUGGUCCUGGCCGAGGACCACCUGGCGGUCCACUGGCAGCUGAAGACGCCCGGAAAACCCACCCCAGCGCCACGGGCGGGAGAACUGCCCGUCCCAGCCCCGCGGAGACGACUUGCGCAACCGGAGGGGGCGACCUGGACCCACGAGCAGGGCACCGGCGUUGCUGAAAGGGGGCUUCCCCCGCAGACGGCACCUCGAACACCAGGGCCGGUGUGCUGGGGGUGCGGACAGCCCGGUCACGUGAGGCGAGAUUGCUCCCUGAUGGAGGUGGGACAGGUGAUGCGGGUUGUCGGUCCCCCAGCGCCCGCCCCCGAUCCAGGGGAGAUGUACUGUGUCCCGGCAGACGCGUCGGGCAGGGGGCUGGGGGCGCUACUGUCCCAGUGAGUGGGGGGCGUCGACCGCCCCGUCCUGUACAUCAGCCGAAAACUCUCGGACCGGAAGGCGAGGUACAGCACGGUAGAGAGGGAGUGCCUCGCCAUCCGGUGGGCGGUCGGGGCCUUCGGUACUACCUGUUGGGGCGCGCCUUCAGCCUCUGCUCGGGUCACAAACCGCUCCAAUGGCCCCGCCGCAUGAAGGAUGCCAAUGCGAGGAUCACCCGGCGGUACCUCGCGUUGCAACCCUACAACUUCCAGGUGGUCCACAGGCCGGGGGCCCAGAUGGACGUGGCAAACUCCCCCCGUAGAGGGCCGCGAGAGGAAGUCGGCGCGGCGGGACGGCUGCCGGCCUGAGACUGGCGGUGGAGGCAUGUUUGAGGGGGCGUGGUCCACGCGUCGCCUGUGGGCAGGGCAUGUGCAGGAGCCGGCUUUGAAGCAGAUGACAGGUGAGUGGAUGUCUCAGCUGGAACGAGUUAUCUAAUCACCUGUCUCUUUCUUUAUUAGCAGCGUUGGUGACCGCAGAGGGGGAGCUGAAAAUUUAAAGGGAAGCCAGGAGGCGAGAGAGAAGGGAAGGAGAAAGACUUGUUGAACUGAAAGAGGAAAAAGACUUUUGAACUGGAAAGAAAAAUAAAAACAUUGUAACCUUGGUAACGCCUGGCCACAG